AUGCAGGAAAGACAAGAACAUGUACUUGUCGUUUGCACCAUCGUGGAUGCUAGGUCAGGCGCAACUGAGGAAACUGAUGAUAUGAAACAACUUAUGCAUCUUAGAAUAGCCAUCUUUGGCCUCCAGAAAGCUGGAUGGAGUGUGGCUCCAGCUUUAUACCAGGAGAUGGGGCGAAUCCAUGACCGCAUUAUGGCCCCUGUUAGGGAGGCCCGUUGUAAUGCUGCCCGUGUGGGAGACAUGACCCGUUCCCGCCAAAUUGCGGACGACAUCCUUGACGCACUAGGUGGCUCAGUCAUAUUCUCCUCUUUGGAUAUAACCAAAGGCUUCUUUCAGCAGCGCGUAGCCAAAGACGACACUUGGAAACUGGCAUUCUCAACACCACACAGAGGCUACAAACGUUUCACCGUCGCAGUAAUGGGAGUGGCCAUGUCUCCAGCCUUUUUUCAGCACCGCAUGGUGUUCGUUGGAAAGGUUGGCGGUCCGGCAGCAAUAGCAGUCAGUCAAGUCCAAACACCCAUCAAUGUCAAACGGCUGAGCCAAAGGGACGAGCCUACCGAUUUGGUGGCAAAGAGAAUCGUUCAUUUAAACGUCCAGUAG